GCUGGUAAGGAAGGGGCUGUCACUUGGAAAUUGUCGUGCCUGUGGGGGAAAAGAGCCAGCCCAGGUUUGCCCUGUCUGUGCUGCGGUCACUGGGAUCCUGUCUCUGGCAGCCGCCGUUUGGCUCUGUCGCUGUUUCGUAAGCUGAGCAGCCAGAUGCCCCAGAAGAAAGUCGUAGCGCCGCUGAGCCGCUUGUGCCUGGGCAACGUGGCCAGACACAUGCAGAGCGUGUGGGUGAAGGAUUACAGCGAGAACUACCUCGACGAGUACCAGUUCCGCUACGUCAUGGGGCCCUUCAAUGAGCUGGCUGGCUGCUUAGUCCAGGACCUGCUCCAGUUACUGGGCGAGAGUCGGCGCCUGACGCGGGCCGCACUCCACCUACUGCUCCUGCCCCACCUGACAGAGCUGAGCCUGCGCUCCUGUCCGGGCCUGGUCAGCAACGCCAUCACCCAGCUGAUCACGGUGCGGUGCCAGAACUUGUCCUCCCUGGACCUCAAGGGCUGCAGCCGGGUCCCGACGGCCGCGCUGGUGGACCUGCUGGAAGGGCUGCCGCGUCUGCGCAAGCUGGGCCUGGCGGAGACGCAGGCCAACACGCAGGUGCUGGCGGCCGUGGGCUCCUGCUGCCGGCGCCUGCGGGAGCUGGACGUCUCACACUGCCAGAAGGUGGCGCCGGACUCCCUGCUGCACCUGGCCUACGACCAGACCGAGAGCGCCCUGUGCUGCCCCGCGCUGCGGGUGCUGCUGGCCCAGGGGAUAGAGCCCAAGGCCCACAGCCAGGACUUGGUCAGAGCCCUGGCCUUCGUGCUGCUGGCUCUGCCCAGCUUGGAGUUCCUGGCCAACAGCUACCUCAGGGAGGCGCUGUGUCUCAUUCACACACAGCAGUUCAGCGGCACGCAGGGCUUGCCGGGAUUCCCCUCGCUGGAGGAGCUGGCCCGGCGCAGGCAGGGUGUCCGUGCAGCCGGGGGCGACUCCUGGCUCACGCUGCCGCUCCGGCGGGUGGAGGAGGUGGAGGAUCCCUUCCUCCCCACCUUCUGCUCCGUGUGCCCGGAGGUGGCAGAGGCGGCCGUGUCGCUCAGCGACGGCCCUUGCACCAGCUGGGGCAGCCUGGCCUGGAGCCGCCUCACCCAGCUCACCGUGCACUGCACGGGGCACCGGGGGCGGGGGCUGGCCGAGAUGCUUCCCGUGGCUCAGGGCCUGGGAGCCCAGCUGCAGUCCCUCUCCCUCCACGGCUUCUCCUACGAUGACGAAUUUUCCUUCUGCACCCUGCUGAACUGCUGCCACAACCUCACCGCCUUCAGCAGCCACCUGAGCGUCCCCGCGGGGCCCGUGCGGCCGGCCGCCGCUGUGCCCAACGGGGAGCCUGCCGCGGAGCCGCAGGACUGGGAGCUGGACCUGCUCCGCCACCCCUUCCCCAAGCUCCGGCACUUCAGCUUGGGCCUGGCCAGCUCGUGUGAGCCUCUCCCUUCCCAGCAUGCCUGUGUCCUGCGGGCGAGCCUGGCCUCGCUACUCAGCCACGCCCCCCGCCUGGAGACCCUGGCCCUGCUCAGCAUCCCCUUCUCCCUGGACGGCGUGUUCCAGAAGGUGCUGGCUGCCCCUGGCGCUGCCCUCCGCAAUCUGCGAGAGCUGUCGCUGGCCGAGAGCCAGGUGUCCAGCCCGACCCUGCUCUGCCUGCUGGCCUUGGACAACGGGCUCAGCUCCCUGAACCUGGCCGGCUGCCCGGCCAUCCACCGGCGGGACUACGACCAGCUGCUCCGCACCGUCCGCAAGGAGAGGCUGGAGCUGGACAUCGCAUGGCAGUGAGGUGUCCUGCCUCGCCUGGGACACUGCCCCUCUGCCCCGUGCCGCGGGAAGGAGCCCACACCGCACGCAGGCCCCAGAGAGCUGUGUUUAAUAAAGCAGAGUGAACACGG